AUGGCAAAUCAAGAAGGACUUCUAGAUUUUCUUACAAACCCUGCAAAUUCGUUUUUUCUUCAUCCUAAUGAAAGCCAUGCGUUGGUAUUAGUGAAUCUGAUUCUUGAUGGAAAGAACUACCACAAUUGGGCGCGAACAAUGAGUAUGGCGUUGCUAUCAAAGAACAAGCUGGGAUUCAUAGAUGGAUCCAUUCAAGCUCCACCUGAUGCAGAUCCUACAUUCAGUGCUUGGAGACGGUGUAAUACGAUUGUGCUUGCCUGGAUUCACCGUUCUAUUAGUGAAUCGAUUGCAAAAUCCAUUCUAUGGAUAGAUAAGGCUCGUGAUGCCUGGAUUGACCUCCAAGAUAGGUUCUCUCAAUCGGAUAUCUUUCGUGUUUCUGAUUUGCAAGAGGACAUUUACAAGAUGCAACAAGGAGAACGCUCAGUUACUGAUUUUUUUACAGAUAUUAAGAGUAUGUGGGAUGAGCUCGAUAAUUUGAAGCCUCUCCCCAAUUGUAGAUGUGCUGCUCCAUGUCAAUGUGGAGGAUAUCAGCUGACGAGAAACCACAGAGAGCGAGAUCACAUCAUAAGGUUCUUAAAAGGUCUGAACGAACAGUAUUCUCACGUUCGCUCUCAGAUUAUGUUAAUUGAUCCUUUACCGAAUGUGAAUCGUGUAUUUUCGAUGGUGGUUCAACAAGAAAGACAGAUGUUAGGAGAAGGACAGAAUGUUGCUGUCAAUGAAUCAAAAAUGUUUGCUAGUAACAGCAAUACUGUGGCUGAUAUGAAUGCACGAAGAAGUGGCUUUCUAAGUAGAGGAAGAGGCCGUGGCAACUGUGGCCAAGGAAGAGGCUAUACCAAGAUCUGUACAUUCUGUGGGAGACAGAAUCAUACAGUGGACACUUGUUAUCGUAAACAUGGCUUUCCUCCAGGAUUUAAGCCAAGAAAUGCUGCUAACUGUGUAUCGAUGAAUGAUGUAGCUGAUACUUCAGCACAAGACCAAGAAGAAAUGAAGGACUUGGUUUCCAUGACACACAAGCAAUAUGAUUGA